AUGUCGAGAGAGCUGCUUGUUCGCUACCAGCGCUCUUCGCUCUGUUGUCUCCUCCUUCUCAGCUCUCUGAUAGACGCUGAAAAUCAUGCGGAUCCAAGCGAAGGAGUACGGGAAGGGACAGGAGCAGGGACAGGAGCAGGGUUUCGGGAUGUUUUUAUCGAGCUGGCCAACACCUCGUUUCCUCUGGACGUAGACGCACUUCAGGUUCCGGGAUUCGAGGUGGUGGUGAGAAGAGAAGAGCGGCAUUGGACCAGGUCGCCUCCUCGUCCUCUGCUCCAUGCAGACUGCGAGGGUCUUGAAUCCAUUCAGCGUCCUACUGUGCUCAACACGCACAGGGUGCUGUACACGGGAGGACACAUGGCGAGCCUGCCGUACCUGCUGCGCGAACACUGCAAGGUUGGGCCGCCGAAGAUGGUGGACGAGGUUGCCUUCGUCGUGAGGAAGUCGAGGGUGUGGGUUUCCCGGCAUGGCGCAAUGAUAUACAGGGAUGGCAGGGGGACAGACAAGGGGCGAGGUCACAAGCGAUGGCGAGUCUUGAUGCAGCACCCCGAGUAUCACAACCUGAACACGAGAGAACUUGAAGAUACUCGCUGCUUCGAGUAUGCAGAUGUUUUGGUCAAUCUAGGUCAAGUCCACUCGCACAACUUCUAUCACUUCAUUGCUGAGGUGCUCCCUCGGUUGCUGCUGGUCCCUCCACCCGUCCUUUCGCGCGAUGGAACACGGGUGCUGCUUCCUCCUUUCAGCAGGGAUCGCAAGAACUUCGUGGAAUCGUUUGUGGAGCUGCUGGACAUCAGGAAGGAUAAGCUAGCGUCCUCGCACUACCUUGGUUGCCUGCACUUUGCAAGGGAGGUCGUCUGCCUUGCUGCCUCCUCCUUGUCUCCUCCUUCCUCCCGUGCUCUGCUCACUGUCUUCUCCAGAUGGCACUCGCAGACCCCCAGGAACGCGCUCCUGACUGUUCAUUUUACAGUCGUCGAGCGGACAGCAUGCAGCUCGAGCGACAGCUCCUCCGACAGCCAGCUUGUCCUCCUCUCUCGGCGGGAAGAGGAGGAGGAUCGGGGGGGAGCGAAGAGUGACGUGCAGAACUGGGAUGACGUGGAGAGGUGGAUGGCAAAGAGGAUGGAUCAGGGACGAAGGAUUUCCAUCGCUACCAUCUUCCCGGGGCGAGAGAGUCUGGAGAGACAGGUCUGCUCCUUCUCCUCCGUCCAUGCUGUCAUCGGCUCUCAUGGCAGUAACCUCGCCAACAUGUUGUGGAUGCCAAGGGGCUCGUUGGUGUUUGAGAUUCACAAGUAG